UAAAUCCUUCCAUGUGUGCCUGGGGCCUGCCUGCUCGUUCACUCACUAAAUCUGUGUUUUUAACUUGUUCUUUGUUUGACAGCCACACACCCACCCAGCCUCCUUCUCUCACUCCUCCUCUCUGCCUCACCACUUUCAUAGUGCAUCUUCUCUCUCAUUUGCAUGUAUUCCGCUUCCUCGUGACAAGUAACAGUUCAUGUCAAAGAGCUGUGUGAGAGAAUCCGCCUGGAGGGGAGCGCACGACCUGGAGCGUAUGAAAAUGUGCAGGUACACUGAAGAACGGGAGGGCUGUCUAAGAAAAGCAGGAUAAUUGUUGCUGAGUGAAGAGCAAAGGAAGAAGGUAAUUAGAGUCCUGGCACUGGUACAUCACGACAGCAGCAGUGUUACCAUGGAGACUGGCAAGCCAGGAUUGGCGAAUGCUCUAGUGCACAGCAACUCCGUCGCAGCACAGACAGAGAAAAGGAUGGACAUCCAGGCCCCACUGACGGCUGUUUACAUCCACACGGGGCCUACUCUUCCAGCGCAGCCUUACCCCCAGCCUCCUGCGGCUACCCGCUCGCCAGCCACGCUCCAUCUGGCCAUGCCGCCGCUUUACUCCAAGGAGACUCUUCCCUUUCUGACAUUGCACAUUGCUGGUGGGCUGCAGGCUCAGCCAGGAUUGAGUUUGGCAGCUGCCGCUCCUGCUGUCAGACCAAAGUCAGCAGGAAAGCACGUGUGCCCGCAUUGUGGACGGGACUGCAUGAAGCCCAGCGUGCUGGAGAAGCAUCUUCGCUGCCACACAGGGGAGAGGCCCUACCCCUGCAACACUUGUGGAGUUUCUUUUAAGACUCAGAGCAACCUCUACAAACAUAAGAGAACUCAGGCGCAUGCACGCCUCUCGUCUGAAUCGGAGCAAAGCAGCCUGGGCAGCCUGGACAUGUCAAGCUCAAGAGAGACUUGUGCAUCCAGUUUGUCUCUGGAUGAGCGGAGCGAGGGGUCAAGCAGCAUGGAAAAUGAAGCCACACUAACAGCUGCUGAGAUCACUGCAAAGGUCUCCUCUGUACAGAUGCAAAGCUCUGUCAGUGCAGAGUUGACCCCUGCAGGUCAGAAGACAGAACAAAAUGAAAGCACUAAGGCAACAACAGAGGAGGAAAAACAAAGGGUGAAAAAUGAAAAACCUCCACAGACUGCUGGUAGACAUCUUCCUCUCCAGAGACAGGAGGCGACUCUGUUCUCCAAGCAGUGGGAAAGCUCUGUAUCAAAAGGGAAAUCCCAGAGCCACGAGAGCACCGACUCAGGUUUUAGUGAGAGUGGCGACCACUACCCAAGCCCUGGUAGCGUCUUACCUGAACACAGCAUGGAUUCUCUCACAGAAUCUACCAAGGAGCAUCUAGAAGAAACCAGCAGCACACAGCUACAGUCAAAACCAGGCCAAAGUGGACAGGAGCCCAGCAAUACGUCAAGGCAGCAGGAGCAGAAGAAACUGGAGGAGCACAUUUCUAAGCUGAUUUCUGAGAACUCAGCAGUCGUGGAGGACAAGCAGCUGGAGAAUGUAAGACCACGGAAAACUGUCCUGUCAAAGCAGGGUAGUAUCGACCUCCCUAUGCCGUAUACUUACAAAGACUCCUUUCACUUUGACAUGAGGAUCAAUAAGACUCCAAAUGUUGGAUUACAAGGAAACAGGAAUCACGGCCUGUACAGCUCUGUGCCCACUCAGCGCUCCAACACGAUGGAUCACGCUCCCUUAACCCGCAGCAACUCCCUCCCAUUCAGCGUGACCCUCCUGCAGCCUGAGAAAAACAGCCAAGCCUCCUCCUAUCAGAGAGAUUAUGUAACGCUCAUUCGGAGGGGAAGCUCUGGCCAGAUCAACCCAACAGGUUUCCCGAUCAAGCCUGUGAACCAGCAGUCCUCCACCCACCGCCCACUGGUCCGGCAGACUGCCGUAGACUGCAACCACGCAACAGACGGUCUCUUCAUGAAUUCAUCUGUGGAGGAGGCAUACACCGGCAGUCUCAGCUGCGACGGGGACGGCGGUGACAUUUGCGGAGAGCCAAGCAGAGGAAAGUUCAGGAGGAAGAAAGCACAAAAGUUUGCCUACAAUAAGUGGUACAUGUACGGGGGAGGGACAUUUAGGAAGCUCUAUAACGCUGAGAAAGGUGGGGAUGAGAAAGGCAGGAAAUGUUUGGCACACCCAGAGCAAGAGGGCCUACAAAAAAGGUCAUCGACAGUCAGUAAAGAGGCUGUCACACCAACUGGAUCGGUUUUAAACUUCACAAGUGCAACAGUUUGUCAUCCAGGCUGCCCUCCUGCUAAAGUAUCCCUCGUCUCUGCUUUGGAUUUUAAUCAAACUAACAAACUUCCUUCAUCCUGCAGUUCCAGUAAGACUCCACUACACAGAAAUCUGUCUUUGUCAGUUCUGCCAUUACCUCCAAUCGGAUCUCUAGUUAGCCACAAAAUAGACAGCAUCAACAAGGCAGAGUCUGGGAGAUUGAUUAGUGUAGAGAAACAUACCGACUCACAGCUCAGUGGGGUCCAAAUUCCCUCUGACAGGAAAAAGCCGAAAACUGAUGACAAAAUAAUUUGCCCUCUGGAGAUGGAGACAGACCCAAAUACGCUGACUCAUCGUCCUCCCUCUGUCACUGGCAGUGUGCCUCAGCAGGACACAAAUCUCACUUAUAUCAGCCUUCAGCAGAAUCAAAAACAUACACCGCUCAAAGGAGUUCUCUUCCAGCCAUGCAUAAUCAAUGCAAAUACACCAUCUGUUAGCACCUCGUCAGCCGCUUCAACCCACACUCCUGCCAAGACCAGCUUCCUGCCCAAGUACCAGCUCAAGUUACCUAAUGCUGCCGAACCCGACUCAGAUCCUGCAUCGCAUGAAGUGGAUAAACCAACAGGAACUGAUAGCCACAGUUUCACCUCUGCUCAGGCUACGACUUUAAUCACAACUUCUGAAAACAAGUGCAGCAAUCCUGCAGCCUCGCCGCUAAUGCAGAGUUGUGGUAUCAAAAACUUUCCAUCCUUUAGUGCAACGCCACGCCAGCAAAUUUUGCCUGCAAACUCUCGUCAAGGUGAAACAUCCAGACAACAUGCUGGUGUCGCUGUAGCGCACAGGCAGUUCUCAGAGACUACCAUAACCACAACAUGUCUGCAAGAUCAUCGGGCUAGACUGUGCAGCACUUUAAUACAGCCGACAAAACAUGCAGGGGCACCAGCAUCUAUGCAGUCACCCAGACCUGCAGCAACCAAUCAGAUCGCUCCUGCUGCCUUUACAGCUGCAUCCCAGUGUCAGCCUAACCCUCUUCUGUCACACCCGCAACUUUCACCAGCAUUAAACCAGCCAAGUCCUCUAAACAGAGGGUUUAGCAGCUCAAACACUCCUUGUCACAUUGUACCCCUGGACCAGAUGCAGUCACCUGCCCAGAAUGUGUUUCACGUGCAGACAGCAGAUCUUCAGAUUUGUCUCCAGAUCAUAUCUGAUGAGCAGUUGGCUCUCAUUGAGCCCCAGAUUGAGAGGCAAACAGACAGUGCCCUGGAGGUGAUUCAGAAUAAAGCUCUAAGCUCUGUGAGUGGAGAAAGUAGCCAUGUCGAGUCAGGAUUUGGAAAGAAGUCAGACCAAACCAAGUUAUUAUCCACACCUAUCACGGAUAAAAUUCAACCUCAGCUACCUGUGCAAUCUGGGAUGACAGAGCAAAAACUCCACCUUCCUGGAAGUAGUUAUUCCACUCAGGCUGACUCUAAACCCUCCAAAGCUCUGGACUCAUCACAACAUCCACACAGUUCUGUUCUCAUAACCACAGCCACAGAGACUCAGAGCUCUACAGGUGAUGCUGUGUCAACUACAGCUUCACUCAAAGGUCUACAGCCAGACCGGGAACAUGCCCUCUCUUUGAACCGCAGUGUUGAGGAACCACUCUCAUCGGACAUCAGGGUCAGCCAAGGUGGACUAAUCUCUCAACAAGUCUCAGGCCAACAUAAGCUCAGCGUGACGUCUCUUUCCCACAGCACAGAAAACCAGAAAAGCAUAACAAGUGGAAAACUGGAGAGAGAAUUCCAAAACAAACUUAUUUGCAAUGCAGGCCCUGUGAAAGCGCACAAAAGCAGCAGGUUAGAGAGCAGAGAAGGGCAGCACCUUGUACAGGUUGGACUGGGUCAGGCCUCCAAUGCUGCAGGAGCUGAUGAACUCCCUGGUUCAGUUUCUGCUCUUUCAUGCCAAACCCCCAGACAGAUGGUCACACAAACAUCCAUCCACUGCAGCAAUCCAACAGAAUCUUCAUCAUCAGAGGCUGAGAAUUCAUGUGAACAUGCAAGCAAAGGAGGCCACACUGAAGAUUUGGCCUCUUCACACAGAAUCAGCUUAAGCAGGUCAGAGGAUGUUAUCAGCUCAGCAUACUCACAGAAUCAACCUGAUCAGUUUACCUCAGUGUCUUCUAAUAUCAAGAUGGGAGACAGAGAUAACGUCAGAGACCACACAGAUGUGCUUAAAAGUGUCCACAACAUCCCUUCUGCAGAGCUUAUGGAGGCAGCCUCUCUGGGGGGAUCUGGCAUCCACGUGGAGCCACAGACACAGGGACAUGGCGAGACAUCAGACAGUACAGACGCGGGGCCAAAGCAGAGAGAAGAGACAAGCCAUCACAGCCUGGAAGGACAGGCAGGUGGAGAAGUGGAUAACAGUCGAAUCAUAAGAGCGGAGCAGGGCGAGGCCGAGUCUGACUGCAGAUAUACGUGUUUACAAGAGUCCACAAAGCAAGAGGGAUAUGACAAUAAGGUUGUGCCGGAUUCCUUCAAAAACUCAGUGCCGUCUGAGCAGCAUCUUCAGGAUCUUUCCCAGACACACUCAGGAAUGUCUGACUCCUCUUCACGGAGCCCUCAGCGAGCUCCCAGUAUGUCGCAUAACCCCAACUCACCUGCCAGCUGCAGUCAGGCGAGACUACUCCAUUAUCCACAGCCCCCACUGGAAACAAACGUCUAUUUUUCACAAAAACACUGGGACAGCAGCGGCAUCCAUAACCAACAAACUCAGAAGUUAUGUGAAUCCAAUCAGAGUCAGCAUAUCAAAGCACACGUCCAGUUAACAGAAACACAGAAUAUUCUUUUAAAAACAGAGCCCAGCCCCUUACAAAGUCAAACAUUUUCACACCAGGACCAAAAACCAAAGCAAAAACAGGCCUCAAUCACUCUGUCCAAUCAGCAAGGAAAUAUGACUGCAGCGAACAACACAGCAGUAAGCUGCUGUGCUACACUAGGAAGUCCUAAAAGUCUCUCACCUGAUGUGAAACCAUCCCUCUCCUCACAGCUCAGCCAAACAUCUUUUUCUAUCGGAGCUACAGUUGGACUUACAGCUGACACCGAGGCGUCAAAAAACCCUCUGUCGGAUAAUAAAAGUGUACAACCUUUGACACAUUCAGAACAUGUGGAUUAUCAAGACAGCCAGGAAAAGUUACCAAAGGACUACAUGAUUCAGAGCUGUAGCUCAGAGAGAUCUGACAGUACCAACAAAUACCAGUCUUUUUUCCUGGGUGGUCAGCUUCACGGUUAUCAGGCUGAAUGUCUGCCCAGCGGAGUGAGGCCGGUGCAGAGCUGCCAGGACUACACAGAGGACACCAGCAGCAGUGACGAUGAAGGGAAGCUUAUUAUUGAGCUUUAAAGGAACAAAUACACAUGACAUUUGGAUUUAUUUCCUGCUUUAUAAAUGUUCUUAAAGGCAAAAUUGUCCUGGAGGCAGAAGUAUUUAAGUUAAGUUUAUACGGAGGUGAAUGAUACAGCUGUAUGAAGUCACAGUCAGUCUAAGUUCAAAGAUUGUGUAUUGAUAUGAUGAAGUGACAGCUGCCCAGGAGUGAAGCCAAAGUAUUUAGCACUCCCCCUGCUGGCUUGCCAUGGUAUUGGUCAUAAACCUAAUUUCCUUCAUGUUUACAGCUUCACUCAGACUAUAACACAUAAAAUAAAAUGAUG